UGAAGGUGUUUAGUGGGAGGCGCCAUCUGUGGGUACUAUAUAAGGACUUUAACGCACACAUUCAGCAUCACACUUGUUCUAGUCUUCAAACAAGUAACUUCUACAACCAUGCGUGUGCUAUUGGUCGUGUUGGCGCUGGUGUGUGGUGUCUGCUACGCUGCACAUGUUGGCUACGGCGGUAGAGUAAUUGGCUUCAGUAGUGGAAACUUCGGUGGAGUCGGUGGUCAAAGCUUCGCAGGCUUCAAUAGUGGAAGACCCGGUGGACGCUACUAUGGUAGAAGACACGGAGGCUUCAGUAGGGGAAACUUAGGUUUUGGAGGCUUCAAUGGUGGAAGCAUCGGUGGUAAUGGAGGCUUCAAUGGUGGAUUCAUCGGGGGUAAUGGAGGCUUCAAUGGUGGAGUCAUCGGGGGUGGUAGUGGUUUCAGUGGUCAUGGACACCACGGUGGAUCGAGGUAUUACGGUUACGGACGCAAAUGAGAUGGGUAACACCAGGCUGCCCCAGGGAGGACCAGUACCAGGCUUCCCUAGGGAGGACCAGUACCAGGCUUCCCUGGAGAGGACCAGUACCAGGCUUCCCUAGGCAGGACCAGUACCAGGCUUCCCUAGGGAUGACCAGUACCAGGCUUCCCUGGAGAGGACCAGUACCAGGCUUCCCUAGGCAGGACCAGUACCAGGCUUCCCUGGGGAGGACCAGUACCAGGCUUCCUGCACUACUACGAGAAUAAAACUCGUGAAAAAUUAAA